UUCCAGAUGCCACUAAUGAAGCAGAAUUUCCAGUCUCGGUGGUAUAUGAUAAGGGAAAGGGAGCCUGAGGCUGGAAGCUAUAGAAGACACAGAGCAGGUUACCUGACGUCUAUAGAGCCCUCCCCUUUCUCCUGGAGACAGUCAGAGAGAGAUCAUGAGCCCAAUUCAUUCAGAGCUGCUGUACAGAAGAGACAUCCGCAGCUCUCUCUGCCCAUCUGUGCCUGGCUGCCUUGGUAUUCAGCAUCUCCCAUUGGCACAUACAAGAUACCUGAGCAGAUGAGUAUAUACAAGUGCACUGAGCUGGUCCAUCCUCAAGCCAAACUGCGCUUUCCCUACAUCUACAGAAGCAAAGAGCCCUGGAUGGUGAUUGAUAAGGAAAACACACUGAAGCCAAAAGAGGAUGAAGAGUCGGGGGAGAUGGAACCACAGAAAAAGAUGGAAACCAUUUCAGAAAAGAUAAAUCCAGAGAAGCACCAGGAAUCUCUGGUCCCUGAGAAUGAAUAUCUGGAAAAGCUCAACCAAAGAUUGAACCCCAUGCCAAAGCUGCGCUACUCCCUGGGAUACGACCACCAGACAAGAGAACUGUGUGUGUCUUUUUUAGAAGCUGUUUGUUGUGCACUCUCCAAGGAGGAGGACCCUAUUAGUCACAGCUACGUUGUGGCCACCCUCACCAGCAAAGAUGGCCAAACGGAAGCCCAGACAUCGCUGAUGAAUAGGGCCCCACAUACGGUAUGGGACGAGGCUCUGCUGUUCCCCUUACAGGAUGAGGAAAGAGCGGACGCUGAGCUAACUCUCACCUUGAGGCACUGUGACCGUUACUCCCGGCACAAGGUAGCAGGAGAAAUCACGCUGAGUCUGGCUAAUCUAGGUUUUGCUUUUGGGGCAGCACAAUGGGUGGAUCUCAAGCCUCCUGAGAAGGAACAAGAAGAUUCUGGCGAGGUCCUCCUCUCUCUGAGUUACCUCCCUGCAGCCAGCCGUCUCAUUGUUGUGGUGAUAAAAGCCAGAAAUAUACAUUGUGACCGGCAUAAUAAUCUACUGGUUAAAGAUCUAUCCAUCAAGGUCAUUCUCAAGCACCAGUCGCAGAAGCUGAAGAAGAAACAGACCAAGCGUACAAAGCACAUGAUUAACCCAGUUUGGAACGAGAUGGUGAUGUUUGAGGUUCCCCAAGAAUUGCUUGGAGAUGUUUAUGUGGAGCUGCAGAUGGUCUGUGUGGAGUCUGAUAGGAGUGGGAACCACAUCUUGGCCACAUGCAAUUUAGGCGUGGAAUGGACUGGUACUGGCAAAAACCAUUGGCUAGAAAUGAUGAAUAACCCUAGAAGACAAAUAGCCUUUUGGCACCGCUUGAACACAUGACCAAAUUGUCCAACCACAAGUACGGAGCAUGAUACAGUGUUCCCCACCCGGUCAACAGUUUCCUUGCUUGCUCUACCUGCAUUUACCAAAUAUGUUGUUUACACCCAUAGCCCCUCAUUUCAAUGAUCUCUUGGACUAUUCAGAAGACUUUCUAUUAGCUUACGCCCAUAUGCAUGUAAAUAAAUGUAUACAUGAUCUUCAUCAAUAACACGGCCAUCAAGCAGGCGCCCACCACAAAGAUCGAUGAGCCAUGGAGACUCAAGGGCAUAGGAAUUCUGGAACACAGUACUAAAGAGUAACCCCACAAUAUACUGUAAAUCAAGGACACAAAUGUUGCAUCCCUCUUGUUCACCUUCUUCCGUUUUAUCUUUUCUCCUCUUUCACCGAUGUUCUGCCUUUCCUGAUGUCCGUACCACUGUCCUUCUUGCACGUAACUGCUCUUCCAGGGCUUUCUCGUUUUAUACAGAUGUUGGCAACUGCAGAGGAGGAUCAGGGAAGUUCUAAUUUUGGUUCUGGUAGAGAUUUCCACACUAGAGGGUUGCCUUCAUAUGGAGACCCAAAGUAUCGGAAGGGGAUUAUCUGCAUGGUCAAGUAGGUUAAAGCAGAUGUUAUAGCCAAUAUUUACCCCUUGAUUUGAUUGGGAAAUGCCUGACAGUGCCACUAGUGGUGGAUCUCUGCCCAUAAACUAACAAUUUGUCAGGGAACAUAAACCUUUACUACCGGUGUUGCUCCAACCAAAUGUUGCUAGGUUACAACUUCUAGCAUAAUGCAGCCAUCCACCAAAGGUUAAAGCAUGAAGGAACCUGUAGAUGGGCAACCACACGUAUGGUCUAGCAACAUAAUCAACAUGUUUUGAAAAAAGGGGGUGCCUUGACCAAAGUUUUACAAAAAGCGCUGAUUUAAAGGAAUAGCAUCGUACAGUAUUAGUGUGUCCCAUGGACUCCCAUGAAAAAGAUAUUUAAAUUCCAUCCUUAAUGAGAAAACAUCAUCUCAUGGAAAAUAUGUUUCCACUCAUGGAUAUUUUGUAUUUCCACAGAAGGUUGCUACGGGGGACCAGACCUUGAGCAAACUGUCAUCAUUAUGUGGCCAUCUUUGCUCAUUGGCCCCUACACAUCUCCUAGGUCUUUAGCAGAGAACUAUGCCAAUUGCUUCUGCUAUUAGCCUACGACUCACAGCAUGAGUUGUUUGAAGUAAGACAAAACAUUAGGUAUAUGGUGCUCACUAAUAAAACAUCAUACAACCUGAA